UGCUGUACAUGAGUAAAACUUGCAGCGAUUGUCAGUGUAAUAGACCUGCCUGGGACUAUCAGCUGGGGUGCUUCCAUAGACCAUUGGACCUGCCCAGUGCCAAGAUGCCUGCGGGAUUAAAACUACACAUCACGAGCAAACAAACACCUAUCCCAGUGGUUGUUAUAGGUAAUGGUCCAUCAGGAAUCUGUCUCUCUUAUCUGUUGUCUGGUUACACCCCAUAUAUAAGGGAAGGAGCUGAACAUCCAAACCCCAUACUGCAAAGGAAGCUGGUGGAAUCCCCGGGAACUGCUAUUACCCUGCAGGAUCUGGAGUACCUGUCAGAGGGUUUGGAGGGCCGGUCCAGUAGUCCAGCUUCUCUCCUCUUUGACACACUGCUCCGGCCAGAGACAGAUUUUUUAGGCGAUGUGGAUUCGGUUCUUACCUGGAAACUGGAGCCAGAGAAAGCAAUUGCUCACCUGGUGCUGGGGAGAGAUCCGCCUGGAGGUGCCUGGAAUGCCAUUGAGGGAUCUAUGAUCACACUCAGCCGUGGAGACUGGAUGGGUCUCCCUGAUUUGCCUUUCAAAGAAUGGAUACGCAUGAAAAGGAGGAAUCUCAGAAACGAUAGAUCUACUGCAGGUGACAUUCUGAAUUAUUACCGAUAUUACGUAAAAAAGAAGGGCCUUGAAGAAAAUUUUGUAUCUGGUACAAUGGUCACAUCAGUGGUCAAAGUUAACAAAAGUACUGUCAACUGUCGUGAGAAAGAGAUAUUCCAGAUGGAGGUCCCAUAUGCAGAAGACAGUGAAGAGGACAGAAGCAUGUUCCAAGUGAAUGGUUUUUUUGAAAAUGAGUUUGGGACCAAGCAGGACUUUUGUGUCUAUGCAGAGAAGGUGAUACUUGCUACAGGUACCUAUGACAGUCCAUCAUGGUUAGGGGUCCAAGGAGAAGACCUCCCAUUUGUGUCACACCAAAUUUCUGCCCUGGAGGAGGCAGUGAAGACACACCAAGUAAAUCCACAUUCAGACCCCGUUUUGAUUAUUGGGGCAGGACUGACUGCUGCUGAUGCUGUUUUGCUCGCUCAUCACUACAACAUUCCUGUCAUUCAUGCUUUCAGAAGGCGUGUUAAUGACCCAGCUCUCAUUUUCAACCAGUUGCCUCAAGUUAUGUAUCCAGAGUACCACAAAGUACAUCAGAUGAUGAAAGAACAGUCAGUUUUCAAAGGUGGUCCUUAUCACGGUUACAUCAGCCUACCGGAGCAUUAUGUAACAAGCUUCCAUAGUGACAAGAAAUGCAAUUUUAAGGACAAACUUGGUCAGUGCAAAACAUUUAAUAUCUCGAUGGUCCUUAUUCUCAUCGGUUCUAACCCUAACCUUUCCUUUCUUCCAAAUAAUGGCACUAUGUUGGCUAUAGCCACCAAUGAGCCAGUCAACUCCAAGAGGAACCCUCUGGAUAUUGAUCUAUUUACAUACGAAUGUAUCCAGGAAAAGGGACUUUAUGCAGUUGGGCCCCUGGCUGGGGACUAUUUUGUGAGAUUUGUACAAGGAGGUGCAUUAGCUGUUGCAAGUUCCCUUAUUAAAUCUCAGAAGAGGCCUCCUUAAUUAUGACAAUCACACAUUCUUUGUCAUACUCUAGGGGCUGAAGUUCAACUCAGCAGUCCCUACAUCAGGCUCCUACAAAGAGCAAAAGCAGGGUUCUUAGACAUUCCAUCAAGACAAUUUUAAUUGCAACCAGAUAAAAAAAAACUGUCAAACAGCAAGGCUGGGUCAAGGGUGCUUUAUAGUCCUACAUUAUUGGGGGCUGCAACACUACAAGUGAAUGCUUCUUUUUUAAAACAUUAUUAGCUUUAAAGUUUUGUCUAAAAUAAAACAGAAUCUACUUCCACAAAUAACAUCACAUCUAUUUUUCUAUUGAAAAGAAAACACUUAUUUUAAAGGUGUGUCUCAUCAAUAGAAGAUCCUAUGUACUUUUGGGGGGAAAAAAUGUUUUUUUACAUUUUGCAGUUUACAAGUUAAAAUUGUUGCUUAUGCAUCAAAAGGGCCAAACUAGUAGCAUACUUUUUUUUUUUUCACGUAAGUUGGCUACUUUUGGAAUGAAUGGAAAAUGGAAGAACAGUGCUCAAUGUCCCUUACAUGGUAGCUGAGCGUCUGUUUGUUAGACAAGAAGUGUAUCAGAGAAGGUGUAAAAUCUACAUCUACAACACUUGAACGAUAGUUUUGCAACUAUUAAUACUUAUUUACAACCACACAUUAUUUUAUGAAAGAACAUAUGUGAAUCAACUUACCAGCAGGAUAUCCGAAAAGUCCUAGAUAAUGCACAUUUACCAAUUAAUAUCAAAUUAGGUUAAUGUAGAGAAGGGAACGUUCAGUUAUUGUCACGACCCCUGGCUCGCCGCAAGGUGCGGUUGGGCCCGUCCGGCAUGAUCACAUCGACUAACUGAGCUUACCUGCUCAGCGGCGAGUUGGGAGCCGCUCCGCCGGAUAUUCUGGGCCAUCUGCCAUAAAGAAAAAUGGCGCCGACCACGCGGUCGUGGCCAUUUAUAGCCCCGCCCCCAGACGAAGGUGUGUGUGACACGCACGUUCUGGGGUCAGAGGUCAACCUCUGACCAAACAUAGUCAAAAGAGGGAUAUUUAAAUCUCUGAAGCUACCCAGUGCGUUUUUUGUUCCCAUUAUUGCUUUUCCCGGUAUAUUGACCUUGGCUAUUCCUGACUUGGCUUGUUUAAUGGUAUUGUGUAUUUCUGGCUUCCUUGAUCUCGGCUAUCCCUUGACCAUUUUCUGUUUUCAACAUAUUAGUCUGGCCAUUCUAAGGACUGGUGUCCGUUCUGUCUUUUUCCUUUCUGUCUAUGUAGAUGUUACAUAGUUCUGCGUGCUGGACCACACUAGCAGUCAUGACAUUUAAUCACAAAAGGGUGCAUUUGCCAAAAAUUCAAAGUGAAUUCAAAGUUUAGGACAAACUAUUAAAUACAUUUUUAAAUAUACUGUAGUUGUUUUGGAGAAUUUCGAUUGUUUGCUAUUUUGGUCUAUAAUUUUAAAAUUCUAUUUGAAUUCACAAUUCAAACUUUAGUGAAUAAACCUUUUUGAAUAGAAGGUCUAUGGUAAUAGACGAAUUAUGUUUCCUUUGAAGACAGCAACUUAAUAAAAUAAAAAAAAAAGUUAAACGGUAGCCUCAUGCAAUUUACAAAGAAAGUGUUAUUAUAAAUUAAUACAAAGAGAAAAUUACAAUUCUCUUUUAAUUACCAUUAAAAUACAGAUAGUGUGUCCUAUCAGCUGUUUAUUUGAUGUGUUAUGCAUCACUACAUCCAAAACAAACAUUUUGCUGAAAGAUAUCGUAGUUGCCUGAAACAGAGGCAUCCUGACAGUUUAGUGCCAAAAAGAAGAUGUUAACAAAAUGUUCAGGUUUUGUCGAUGCCUUAAUUCUUAAAUGUUUUAUAAACGUUUAACAGUAAUACAAAUGUCAAACUAAUUAAUGGAGAUCUAACAGUUAACAUUAGGAAAAUAAGAGGGGUGUUUAUAAACAGAAUUGGGGGGGGAGGGGGAAAUCGGCCUCAAAAGGGACAGAUUGGCCAAAAACGUAUUAAAACUGAUUACGAAUGUCCAGAACGAGAUGCCAUUCACCCCCAUCGCUCCCCUCCACUAGAGGGUCAGAGCCUCAUGUCAGACUCACCAAACAUCAUAUACUAGAACAGGGAUAGGCAACCUUCGGCACUCCAGAUGUUGUGGACUACAUCCCCCAUAAUGCUCUUACACCUAUAAUGCUGGCAAAGCAUCAUGGAAGGUGUAGUCCAAAACAUCUGCAAGGCCGAAGGUUGCCAGAAUAUAUUAACUACAAACCACAAAGUCUUGUCAAGAUACACCAAGUACUGUUUGAAAAAAAUAACUUAAAGCUUGAAACAUAAAAUGUGGGUACAAUGUUAAACAGAUAAAAUAGCAACAUAAAAUGAUAAUGAUUUGUUUUUUAAAUUUUUCUGAAAAACCAACUGUAUAAUAUUAUUGGUAAUGUUUACCAUGCUGUUAUGUA